AUGGGUCCUAUCACCUUCAUGAAUGCCUCCAGAGUCACAGAAUUCAUCUUCUUGGGUCUUUCCAGAUCUCGACCCAUCCAGAUCCUUCUAUUUGUUCUGGUCAUGAUGUGCUACACUGCCAUAUUGUUGGGUAACAUCCUCAUUAUAUUGACGGUGCAUAUAGAUCCACACCUUCUAAAGUCGCCUAUGUACUUUUUGUUAGCCAAUUUGUCCAUCAUUGAUACCAUCUUCAGUUCAGGGGUUAUUCCCAAGAUGGCAACAGAUUUGAUCACCUGUGGCAGGACCAUCUCAUUUGAGGGCUGUAUGACUCAGCUCUUUGUCCUCCACGUCCUUGGAGGUUCAGAGAUGCUCCUUCUUACACUCAUGGCCUAUGAUCGCUAUGUGGCCAUUUGUCACCCACUGACAUACACAACCAAGAUGAACCGCCCACGCUGCAUCAGACUCCUGUGUCUCUGUUGGGCUGGAGGCCUCCUCCACUCUGCCAGCCAGCUGUUCCUGGUUCUGCGGCUGCCGUUCUGUGGGCCAAAUGAACUGGACAAUUUCUUUUGUGAUGUUCCACAGAUAGCCAGAUUGGCUUGUGUUGACACCCGUGUCACUGAGAUACUCAUGGUGGCCAACAGCGGUCUGCUCUCCCUGGUUUGUUUUGUCAUCUUGCUGCUCUCCUAUGGCAUCAUCCUGAGCACGCUUCAAGGCCACUUGAGAGAGAGUGGAGGGAAGGCUCUGUACACCUGUAGCUCUCACUUGACAGUGGUCAGCCUUAUUUUUCUGCCUUGCCUCUUUGUGUACCUUGUCCCCAUUUUCAGUUCCACUGUGAACAAGGUGGCUUCUAUAUUUUAUACCACAAUCACUCCUUUCCUUAAUCCUAUGAUAUACGCUCUAAGAAAUCGGGAAAUGAAGGAGGCAAUAGGCCGUAUGACCAAAAAAUGCAUGUUUUCCCGUUGGUCUCAGAAAGAAGCAGAAAUAUAA